AUGACCUCUUCAAGUGUUCUUGCUCUCCUACUCCUUCUUCUUGUCCCUCCUCAUAUCACUGAAGGUCAGGGUCCCAAUCUCUACGCUUCUCCAGACACCUAUGGACCUGUCGGUCAACGACGGUGUUUUCGACCGACACGGAUAGAAAUCCCGGAGUGCAAAAACCUCUUCUACAACUUUACCGCCUUUCCCAACCUGGUGGGCCAGGAAAGUCAGCUGGAUGCGCGCCAUCAGUUACAAACUUUUAAGCCACUAAUCACCUACAAGUGUUCAAAUCACUUGGCCUUCUUUCUCUGUUCUGUCUAUGCACCGAUGUGUGACGUGAACACUAACCAUUUGAUUGGACCCUGUAGGCCGCUUUGUGAAAGAGUUCGAAAACGGUGUUCUCCAGUGUUGAAAAUCUUCAAUUUUGACUGGCCAGCAAAUCUGAACUGUUCUCGAUUUCCAGAAAAGAACACUGUUGGGGGAGUGAUGUGUAUGAAAGGUCCAGAUAUCCCAGAGGACUUCGAAGAACCAUCUUCCGGUAGAACUGAAGAGUUGGAUGCUGGGAAAGGUGGAAGAGUUUCACUUGAAGUUAUUGAUGAAGCUAAGCAAUCCUCCAUGGGACAGGAAGCAUCCGGGAAAAGAGUUGAACAAUCAACAGAAGGUUUACUUCGUCAGCUUGAAGAACUUCCAGACAGUAUGGGCGCUGUUGGAGGUGGAGGGGGAGGGGGAGGAGGAAGCAAUGGAAUUACCAGGUUGGGUUCUCAUCUUCAAACUUGGUUGGCUCGUCUUCAUGAAAGUCCACUCCCAAUUGAAAUUGAGAAUGAGGAGACUCCAAUUGCUCUCCUCCUUUCUUCUCUACGAUACUGCUCACAUUUAUCGAAACCUACCUCCUACGUGUUUAUCAAUCGGACCGGAAGAUGCGCUCCGCACUGCACUGCAGACAUACUCUUCUCUCCUAGUGCAAAGACUUUAUCAACAGUAUGGACAAGUGUGAUUUCUGGCCUCUGUUUAAUUGCAACUACUGGAACCCUUCUGAGUUUUGCAAUUCAACCUUCCCUAUUCCAUAUUUUGGAGCGUCCAGUCAUUUACAUCGCUGGAUGUCAGUUGGCCUACGCUCUAGGUUUUGCAUUGCGGCUCAAAUUAGGUCGCAAAGCUGUGACGUGUGGCAAAGAUCCGGCUUCAGGAUUUGCGAUUCGUCUACAGGAGGGUCUCGAUAAUUCGAAUUGCGCUCUAGUCUUCCUUAUCCAAUACUACUUUUUCACAGCUGGAACACUUUGGUGGGCCAUGAUGGUGAUUGGUUGGGCAUCAAGGUCAACUCUCCAUCGGCGAUUGGUUUGUGGCAGGAGGGAUGAGGGAGCCCUCUUAAAGGGCGGAUGCUGCGGUUGGCAUCGAGAAGGACUCACCAGACAUGGGGCCCCCAUGGGAGAGGUGGAAAACUUCACUGAUAAGCAACAACGGUUUGGGUCAACCCUACGAUUCGCCCAUUUAAAUAGACGGGGAGUCAACAGCACCAGCGCCGAUAAUAAUUGUCUGGCAAAGGAACAUGUCAUCGCGUGGUUGGCUCCUGGUCUUUUGACAGUUGGCGUCCUCGUCAGCCGCCAGGUUGAUGCAGAUGAACUGUUGGGCAUCUGCAGCGUGGGACGCCAGAAUACAAAAGCCAUGUUGAUAUUUGUGCUAAUUCCACAAAUCCUCUUCAUCAGUGUCGGUGUUCUCGCUUUUGUAUGGUGCAUUAUUCAACUCUUCCAAAUUAGACGCUCCUUCAAGCAACGCCACUUAGCUCCCAGUGCAACACUCACCAAUCUGGACACACAGUCACGCUACCUUGUCUACCACUCAGAUCAACAGUCUGAGUUUGACAACACAGUUGUGGACAGCCGAGAACCUGGAAUGGCAGGGCGUGCCAGGCCGUCUCCUUGCUAUUGCUGCUGUCACAAUCUACGAUGGGAUAGUCUUAGCACCAGGUUGGGGUUCUUCAGCCUACUCUACAUCAUUCCAGCCGUUACUGUUCUCGCUUGCGAUUUUUACGAAUACCUCAAUCGAGAUAAAUGGUUGGCUGGAGAUCCUAUGAGCGCAAUUUCCCGAAUCAUCAAGGCCGCAAGUUCAACAUCCUCGGAUUUGGAAGACGGACAGGAGAUCACACCUGAGCUGUUCCUCCUCCGAACAUUUAUGUCACUGGUUACCGGAUUUGCCACUUGCUUGUGGAUGUUAUCUGUGAAGGGGAUUGAACCGUGGCGUCAUUUGGGUCGUCAAUUGGAAAGCCGAUGUGCCGGACGAUGCUGCUUUGGUGGAGCUCCGGUGAAAACAUCACAAGUACAGCAGCAACAACAACAGCAACAGUCAGGUGUAUCUCCACAGCAGAGUCAUCCAGUAUCAAGUAAGAAUACCCCAAGCAAUACUUCGACAGUCCUUCAUCCAUACGCAGUGUAUCAGCAUUGCUGUUCCACGACAAAGUCGUCUGGUGAUGCUUUGGAACGCUGUCCCUACACCGUCAGGCCUCCAGCUGGACCUGGUGUUGACGCGGCCGACCAGUUCUUUGUUCAGCAAUCGGCAGGCCUUGCUCUGGCAUCACCUAAUCAAGCGUCGGGAUAUUACAGCUCGGCUACAACUACCAAUAACAGCGUUGGAUCUGGAUCCGGUGUGGGCCCACGACCACCGCCUAAUACUCCUCCGGAUACCGUGAACGGAGACUCCAAUCCGGGUUCAUCAGCUCAUGGGGUGGGAUGGUGGGAAGUGAACGCCAACCACCUUCACCGCCACCAUCAUCGAAAGCAAAAGUCGCAACCAGGUGGAUCGAGUCGACAUGCAGUCUUGUAG